AUAACCGUUGUAAUGUACAAUAGUGGUAUUUUCAUAAUUUAACGCACUUUCAAUAUUAUUACUGCAAUAACACAAAUAAAAAGAAACGCCGAAAUACUAACGAAAUGGUAUCCAAGCUCCCCUUCAAGAUAGAAAAUGAUAUAUUGAUUGGGGAAGAAGAUCUAAUCGAUGAUAGUUGCAUCAAUACCGGAGAAUUGAUUUUAAACGCAUUUAAAUCCAGACCGGACUUCAUUGGUCAAGUGGAUGCAAUGACGGGAGAAGAAAAUACAUUCCAGCAAAUGAGAGAACGGAGCGUAAAAUGUGCAUUAUGGCUGAAAAAAUUAGGUGUUCAACACAAUGACAUUAUAAUAGUGUAUACUUCUAAUCAUUUGGAUACUUACAUACCUUUUUUAGCGACUCUAUAUAUCGGCGUUGUUUUGUAUAUAUGUAAUAUAAAUAAGCCGAUAAAUUUACUAUGCCAUUUGCAAGCUCAUCCAAAAGUAAUUUUUGCCGAUGUUGACAAAGCUUCGUCAAUCCUCAAAUUGACAAAAGCAAUGAACAUUUCUACGACAAUUGUAGUUUUUAUAAGAGAAAACAAAGAGAGUGAGCAUAAAAUGGAAGAGAAGUUUCAAUCUUUAAAAUUUAUUUUAAAUAGUAAUUUUAAUAAAACCGAAAUCAAUGAAUUUUCUUGUACAAAAUUGAAGAGUAGUAAAGACACCGCAGUGAUACUACUUUCUUCUGGUUCAACUAAUGUGAUUCGACAACAUGUGACAAUUCCGCAUGCGUUCUUCACAGCACCCUCGAAUCAGCAGAUACCUGCUAUGGAAUCUAAUGAUGUUGGCCUAUGGAUCGAAUCUUUGCAUUGGAAUAUCAGUUUGCUUUUGACAGUUCGCGCUAUUUUUUCAUACGUGAAAGCAAUCAAAAUAAAUAUAUUUUUAAACCCUAAAGACAAUUUAAUUUCAGACUCAGAUGUUAAAUAUCUUUGUAGUGCUAUACAAAAAUAUAAGGUAAAUUGGGUAUUUCUGAAAAAUGAUAUGAGUAGAGGGUUCAUUAAUUUCAAAAUUUUCGAGAAAUACGACGUCUCUUCCUUGAAACAAAUAAUAAUCGGUGGCAGACAACUUUGUACAGAAGUUUACUUACGUUUUACUUUUGCGCUGCCAAACACUUCUUUUAGUAAAGUAUAUUGUUUGCCUGAAGUAGGUGUGAUCACCUAUCAACCAAAGACUAGAAAAUUUGGAGAUAGCGGUCAUGUGAGUAAAAAUGUUUCUUUGUUGAUUGCUGAUCCUAUUACUAAUUCUCCGUUGAAAGUACAAAAAAUAGGUGUUAUCUGCUGCAAAUCUCCAUCUUUAACAAACGGCUACUUAACUUCUAUGCGCGGAACUUUAGAGAGUGUUACCGAUGAUAAAGGAUGGUUCCAUACUGAUGAUAUGGGCUUCUAUGAUUCAGAUGGUAAUAUCCACAUUCUUGAACGUCGUAGAAAUGUUAUAACAUACCAAAAUCAUACUAUUUUACCAAUAUCUAUCGAGCAUAUAUUAAAAAUGCAUCCGAAGGUAAAAGACGCUUGUGUAAUACCUAUAUAUGAUAGGAUUGAUGGUCAUCAUCCAUUUGCAGUCGUUGCACAAAAGGAAGAUUCAGAGAUAACGAAGGAGGAGUUAAUAAAAUUUGUAGCAAGUAAAGUAUUCAAGCUUCGUGCGGAGUGCGUCAUGAUCGAAGAUUUUCCAUAUCUUCCCAAUGGAUAUCCGAAUCGAAGAGCUAUUUCUAUACUGGCAAAGGCUUAUAAAAAAUUCCAGAUUUUGUACCUCAGCUGAUACUUCUAAAAUGACCCCCAACUUUUAUCAGUCUCCUCCCAUCCAGUUUCAAGAGUAAAGUAUUCUUUUCUAUCAGAAGGAUCAAUCGCUACUUAUGUAAUUGAGACAGCAUAAUUUGUAUCAUCAAAAUAUAAAGUUUCAGAUUUUUGUACUCCCGCCGGUUCUUUAGAAACUAUCCUCGAUCCCCAGUCUUAAGAGAUAUUAAAUCAAUACUUUCUAUGAUCAUUAGC